UUAAAUAAUGAAUGCUUAUAAGUCGAAAAAUGGACUGCCUAGUGAUGCCAAUGACUACUUGGAACCAUACAGUAUGGAUGUCGGUGGAACUAUUAAGUCUGACUGGAAAGAAGUGGAGCACAACUUCAAUGAGAUGAAUUUAAAAGAAGAAUUAAUGCAACGUAUUUCCGUAUAUGGUUUGGAAAAACUAUCAGCUAUUCAAAAGUUUGCUAUUUUGCCAUGCAUCAAAGGACAAGAUGUUAUUGUUCAGGCCCAAUCUGGUACUGGAAAGACUGCUACUUUUUCAAUUUCAAUUCUCCAACAAAUCGACACAAGUUUCAAUGAGUGUCAAGCACUUAUUUUGGCACCAAUACAUGAAUUGGCUCAACAAAUUCAAAAGGUAGUUAUUGCUUUGGGCAACUUCAUGAAAGCUGAUACCAACAUUUAUGGUAACAUGCAUAACAAGCUGAAUACUAUAUCCCAUGUAGUGGUUGGCACUCCUGACCAUGUUUACGAUAUGAUUGUUAGAAAAUCACUACUAACUCAAUUUAUCAAGAUAUUUGUGUUGGAUGAAGCUGAUGAAAUAUUGUCUCAUGGUUUCAAAGAUCAAGUUACAAAGGUGUUCAAGUGCCUUGAGGAAAAUAUUCAGGUCAUUCUAUGGUAUGCUACAAUGUCUGAGGAUGUUUUGAAUCUGACCACGCACUUCAUGCAUAAUCCAGUACUCAUUCAUGGGCAGAAAGGUAAGGACAACAUCGAAGACAGCUGCAAUGUACCAACAGCUGUUACUAAGAGUGAUGACAUAGCAAACCAAAAGAAACUAGCAGAGUUUGUCAGAAAAGUGUUACACAAUGACCUACCUAAAGAGAUGAUAGAUGAUGAAUGGCCAUCACGUUCAUUGUCAGUCGAAAAUCCUCAACAAGAGUUUAAAGACAAAUCUGCUUUAAUCAACGUUAUCAAAUCACGUUAUUCAAGACAAAUGGAAAAUUUAUCAGUUUGUGAAAAACAUCAACAAUUUUGGUUUAGAAAAUACAAAAAGUUAUUAGACCAUGUAAAUACUACUGGGGACAAAAUAAAACGCCUGAAGAGGGACCCUAAACCUAACCUUGCUGUUGAACAUGUUAGAAAUGUUGGAACAAACGUGUGCCCAACAACAAUACGCAAAGAAACAGCUUUACUCAACAAAAUAACAAUAUUAUAGUGUUCACCACACUUUCAACAUUUUUUUUUUCUAUUCAUAUUGCUCAUGACUAUGAAUAAGGUAUUUGAUUUUACUGUACAGAAAUUAUAUAACUAUCAUUUUGUAUAACUAAGUCAUCGCUUUUAAAUAAAUA